UAACAGCAUUUUAGGCUAACUAAUAAAAUUGAUAAUUGAAAAGUUGAAGUCAGUACUAAUUACUUGUUUUGCAGUAAAAUAAUUUGUGUAUAUUGAUACCAAUAUUUUUUAUUGGAUAUUAUUUAAAUUUUUGAAUAUUUACUGUGUAUAAUUUAUAUUAUAUUCAUAUUAAUACUCAUGAAAAAUUACUUUGUUAUCUCCAACUUUAAUCAUAACCUUAAUGAUGCUGGGAUUGAAAGUGUUGUUUAGAAUACCGGUUCGAUUAAUUUCAAAAACUGGGUAUCCCAUAAUAAGUUCAUUGCAAAAAUUUUCUACUGUUGAGUGGCAUCAUCAUUUAGUUAAAAAUCAAACUCGUCGUUUUAGUGAAGAUACCACAGCUAAUAAAUAUGAAGUUGAAAAUCCACCAUCAAAACAUCAAAUUGGUAAAAUAGAAGGCAGACUUCUGAUUGAAUUCACUUGUAAAAAAUGUGAUUUCCGAUCAUCUAAAACGAUUUCAAAAUUAGCUUACAAAAAAGGUAUCGUAAUUAUUCGGUGCGAUGGCUGUAAAAACAAUCAUCUUAUUGCUGACAACUUGGGUUGGUUUGGCGAAAACAACAAACCUCAAAAUAUUGAAAAACUUAUGAAGUUAAAAGGUGAAACUGUAAGAAGAAUUAGCAAAUAUGGCAAUGACACUUUUGAAGUAAUUGAGAAUCAAGAAGUAUUAGAUAUUAAGUCUGUAAAUAAAGCGUAAGAAAACUGUCAAAUAAAUAAAAUAUAUACGUGUUAUUUUUUUGUAAAUGCU